AUGGAAAUGUUAAAGGCGCAAGAGGGAAGUAAGAACAAGAACAUACAUCCUAUAGAGAUAUCCCCUAGAACUAGUUUGGAAAUUAGCCUUAUCCCUACUGGAUGGGGAGACUCUGUGGGACAUCCCCUCUCCACAGGCCUACAAGAUUACCAAAUAAGUAUCAUGGAAAGGAAGAUGAGGACAAGCAAGUGGUCACCAGGCUUACAAUUCCAAGCUACCUAUAGGAAAGGGAAGGAUCCGUAUAGUGGAUUAUGCACCUACAGCAAAGGAGUAAAAGAUGAUAGGGUCGACUGCCCUUUUAGUGGCACUGCAUGCCCUAAUAUUAUUACCGGAACGGAGCUCCAGUCAGCAAGAUGUGACAAUAUAUACGAUUCCGAUAUAGUAUUUGUGGUUGAUGGAUCAUCUAGUAUUGGAAGGGCGAACUUCCGGAUGAUUAAGUCGUUUAUGGAAGGAUUGGUCAUACCUUUUAUAAAUGUCGUCAGUCAAGAUGGAGUACGAAUUGGAGUCGUCCAGUACAGUGAUGACCCAAGAACAGAGUUUGAUUUUUCUCGAUACCGAAAUGGGUCUGAGGUAAUACAGGCCAUAAGAAACCUGGCCUACAAGGGAGGGAACACGCGGACAGGUGCUGGAUUAAGAUAUGCCACAGAUAACUUCUUUGGACCAGCCAUUCUCCGGCCUGACAUACCUAAGGUUGUAGUUUUGAUAACAGAUGGAAAAUCCCAGGAUGAUGUUGACCAGGCAUCGCAGAGAUUAAAAAAUCUAGGAAUAAAAAUAUUUGCUGUUGGAAUAAAAAAUGCUGACAGUCGGGAGCUGACCAGAGUAGCGUCCACUCCGACAGAUGACUACUUUUUCUAUGUAAAUGAUUUCAAGAUUCUGGGGACACUUCUUCCACUGGUUUCCCGAAAAGUCUGUAUAACUACUGGAGGCGUCUACAUUCCUGAAACCAGCACUUUUACAGGACCUUCCAACCUGGUUUUCUCUGAUCAGACAGCAGACACCAUGAGGAUACAAUGGACGGCAGCCACUGGGCCAGUCACUGGCUAUAAAGUUGUUUAUGGUCCAUUAACGGGUUUAGGACAGCAGAUCCCACUGGAGUUAAGAGAGAUCAGCCUGACUUCAGCUCAGACAUCUACCCUCCUACAAAGCCUCCGACCUGGCACAGAAUAUUCGGUUACUGUGACCGCUUUAUAUGCCAACAGCAUUGGACAGUCUGUCUCUGGACGGGAAAAAACCUUGAGUCCUCUUGGCAUAUCUAACUUCAGAAUCACAGAGGCCGGCCCCUCCUUUCUCAGACUGGCAUGGACUGUUUCAGGAGGAGAACCCCCAUCAGGAUACAGGCUUACUUAUGCAACUAGAGGAGAUGGAAGGACAGGAGAAAAGACCCUGAGUGGAAGCGCAUUGUCUGACACCCUUGGUGACCUUAGACCAGAUACAGAAUAUAUUCUUGUGCUCUAUCCACAAUACCAGCGACAGACUGGUACCCCGGUCACAAUUACUGGCCGAACACAGCGUAUAGAAGGAGUUACUGACCUGAACAUCCAAGAUGUAACCUCCCAAAGCAUGACAGCAACAUGGAGGGGGGUUCGAGGAGCUACAGGUUACCGUAUCUCCUGGGUGUCUCAGACAGGAGAAGACACUAAAGAUUUUGAUGUGGGCCCAACCAUUAAUUCUUAUGGUAUCCGGAAUCUCGUGGCUAGCACUGAAUACACUGUAUCUGUCAGCCCGCUUUUUGGAGCCUUAGAAGGACCAGCUGUGUCUACCAGAGUUAAAACAGAAUCUGGAAUUGUACAGGUGCUGAGAACGUUUGCUGACAGUCCAACCUCUAUCCAGGUGACGUGGAAUUUCAUCCCUGAAGCGACAGGUUACAGACUGGAGUGGAGACGGGCUAGAGCUGGUACAAAAGGUCAGCAAGUUGUAAACUUACCAACAUCUGUCAACAAGUAUGACAUCACCGGUCUCAGGCCUGGAACAGAAUAUCGUAUCACUCUAUUCACCCUGUACGAUGGCAAAGAAAUAGCAACGCCUGCAACAACUUCUGAAACAGGAAGUACCAUUGGUACAAUCACAAACUUGAAGCUCAUAGAGGCCACCGGCAAGCGGAUACGGUUGUCCUGGAAUGGAUUAGUUGGGGCUACAGAAUACAAGGUUGUGAUUCGCAAUGCUGAUGGAUCCUUUGAAAGAACAAGAAAUGUGCCUGGCAACCAAAACACGAUUGACAUUGAUGAUCUCCAAGAAGACAUAACUUACUAUGUCCUGAUAUCAGCACUUAUAGGGAGACGGGAGGGCUCCCCUGUUUCCCUCACCGUCCGGACAGAAACAGUGGGACUUGGUUCCAUCACAAACCUCCGUGUUCUGGAUGCAAGACGAGGACGUAUUCGUUUGGCAUGGAACGGCGUGCCCAGGGUGACUGAAUACAGGAUCUUUAUCAGAAAUUCAGAGGAUGGGACUGAGAGGAGCCAAGUGAUUUCUGGAGACCAGACGACAUAUGAACUAAUUGAUGUACAAGAAGGCAUCACUUACAUAGUUAGAGUCACACCCGUGGUGGGGACCAGAGAGGGGGUCCCUGUGACCAUCAAUGUCAAGACAGAAGAUACAGUAGUGGCUGGAGUUGCAAAUCUUCGGGUAGUGGAAACAACAUCAUCCAGACUUAGGAUUGUAUGGACUGGCAUUGCCAGAGCUACUGGUUACAGGGUUACAUGGAGGCAAAGUGAUGGUCGUGAGACUAGCAGAACGCUACAGGCAGGAACAACAUCUUACGACAUUGAACCUUUGCAAGGAAGCACCGUUUAUUUCAUUGGGGUGACGGCUUUAAUCGGCAACACUGAAAGUAGCCCUGUAACUAUCACAGCUCGAACAGAUGAAGAUUCUGUUGACCAGGUGACCAACCUGAGAAGUAGUACCAUUGGAGAUAAUGUUAUACGUCUGGAGUGGAGCCCAGUUGCAAGAGCAACAAACUAUAGGAUCACUUGGAGGCGCAGAGAUGGUGUUGAAGUUUCAAGGUUGGUAACCAGAGACGUAACGUCUGUGGACAUCACAGAUUUAGUUCCUGGAACAGCCUACACCAUCUUUGUCUCAACUGUGGUUGGCACAAGAGAGAGUGAACCUAUAUCUAUUGUUGCGCAAACAGCUCGGCAGGAAGUUGGGGCUGUGACAAGUCUGCGGAUAUUUGAGAGCCAGAAUGUUAUAAGGGUGACAUGGGUUGGGGUUCAAGGAGCCACAGCCUAUAAAGUCUCCUGGAGCCCAGAGAGCGGUGGUCCGGAACAAUCUAGAGAAGUCCCUGGUAAUACUAACUCAUUCGAGCUGGUGAACCUAGAGCCAGGUAUACGAUAUGUUGUCAAAGUCACUGCACUGGUGGGCAAUCGUCAAGGGGAUCCGGUGACUGCGAGUGUCACAACACCGGAUGUUCCAGUAAAUCCUGUGGGAGAUCUCAGAGUAACUGAUGUAUCACGUCAACGUGUGAGACUUACCUGGUCGGCAGUUUCUGAAAGCACCGGAUACCGUAUCUACUGGAGACGGGCAGAUGGUGGUCCUGAAACGAGCCGGCUGGUGUCUGGAGAUGUAAGGUACUAUGACAUUGAUAAUCUUCAAGCUGGUGCCCGUUAUCAGUUCCGUGUGGUCUCUCUGGCUGGUGAUCGAGAAAGUGAAGCUGUAUCGAUCUUGGCCAACACCGCUUGCGGGACUGGUAGGACAGACAUUGUAUUCUUGGUGCACACAACUCAAGAUAAUCAGUACAAUGAAGAGGCCAUUAAAAAAUUCCUCUCACAAGCCGUAUCUUCAUUGGGACAGCUGGGACCUGAUUCUACGCAGAUCUCAAUAGGGUCCUACAGCUUCCGACAACGUCCCUCAGUCCUGUUGAACCGCUCCAGCGAGCUGCGGUCAGUUGUGCAACAAAUUCAAAACAUCCCGUUCUCUGAUCCCAGUGGGACCGCUAUUGGUGGUGCCAUAGAUUUUGCAAGGAGCUAUCUAUUUACCCCCGCCUAUGGCAGAAGACGGAACGUUCCUGGUGUUCUGGUACUUCUUGCAGAUAGUCCAUCAUCAGAUGAUGCUCUACAAGCAGCCAGUAAUAUCAAAGCUACAGGUAUUCGGAUUUUGGCAGUGGGAAUGAAUGGAGCUGACCAGGAACAGAUACGAAGAAUAGCCUCUGAUCAACGGAAUGUCUUCUAUACCUCGGAUUCUGCAAACCUGAACAGCCUUGUGGAUCCUUUAGCAGAGGCAAUAUGCACCGUCUCCCAAACUGAAGAGCGUUGUACUGUGCAGUGUCCAGCGGGUGAGAAAGGUCAGAGAGGCGAGCCAGGGAGUGCUGGACGACCAGGGUUAGCAGGACCAGCAGGAGAUCCAGGUCGAGCAGGUCCCCCUGGUUCCCCGGGGCCAGUUGGACCUCGUGGCCCUCCUGGAGAGGGUACAGCCUCAAGAGGACCAAAGGGAGAAACUGGGGAGCCAGGAGCAGAUGGUCUCCCAGGAAGUCCUGGUCGUCCCGGUAAUCCUGGUAUACCCGGUACCCCGGGUAGUAAAGGAUCUCAAGGAGUUAGAGGGGACGGAGGAGAACGUGGUCCCGCAGGUCCAGUUGGUCCAAAAGGAGAUAGAGGAUUACCGGGUGAACCCGGAGAAGUGAUAGAUGGCGGCGGAGGGGUACCAGGCCGAAAAGGUGAACCAGGAACUCCAGGUGUUCCUGGUCAGCCUGGAACUCCGGGGCAGAGAGGGUUAACAGGAUCCCAAGGACAACCUGGGCCAGAAGGACCGAGCGGACCUCCAGGCGUUCCAGGACAAUCAGUGAAGGGAGAUAAAGGAGAACGAGGUGAGAGAGGUCUUCCAGGAUUAGUCAAUGGUGUGGCCAGUAAGGGAGAGCCAGGAAGUCCAGGUACACCUGGUCAAAAUGGAGCAUCCGGCCCUCGAGGACCACCAGGACUACAAGGGCAAAAAGGUGAUAAGGGAGAAACAGGUGAAGGAUUCCCAGGUGCAGCAGGACGGACAGGAGAUCCAGGUGAUCGAGGACCUAGAGGACCUCCGGGAGAACAGGGAAUAAAAGGUGACCGUGGACAGCCUGGUCUGGAUGGGGAACCUGGAGUGAAGGGAGAUCGUGGUCCUCAAGGAUUUCAAGGGCCUAAGGGAAAUCUAGGACAAACUGGUCUGGGAGGUCCAGUGGGACCCUUGGGGCCUGUUGGACCAGCGGGACCACGAGGAGAAAAGGGUGACCAAGGACCUCCGGGAUUGCCUGGCACAUCUGUUUCUACUGCAGCAGGGAUGAAAGGAGAUAAGGGUGAUCGCGGCACACAGGGGCCAGAAGGUCCAAAAGGUGCAAGAGGUGACCCAGGAGAGAAAGGCGAGAGAGGUUCUGAAGGAAUUGGCUCUCCCGGGCAACCAGGAGCUAAAGGAGAACCAGGGGAUAGGGGACCCAUAGGUCUUUCUGGAAGAUCAGGUCCAAAGGGAGAACCCGGUGAUCCAGGGUUGAAUGGUGAAGCCGGAAAAACAGGUCCACCAGGACAAAUUGGUCUUCGGGGCAAAGAAGGAGAAAAAGGAGAUAAAGGAGAUGAAGGGACGCCGGGAGAAUCGGGUAUUCCAGGAAAAAAUGGGGAAAGAGGGCUAAGGGGUCUUCCAGGGGCACGGGGCAACCCAGGAGAGAAGGGGGAUCCAGGAGAAGCCGGAGAAGCAGGAAGAAAUGGUAGCCCUGGUCCUCCUGGCAGUAAAGGCGACCAAGGUGACCCAGGGCCUCUAGGACCUCAAGGACCCCCAGGAAAACCAGGUUCUAUUGAGUCGGUAGUCCCUGGAGUUAAAGGUGACAAGGGUGAUGCGGGUGACCCUGGAGAACAUGGAAGGAAAGGGGAGAAAGGAGAAGUUGGUAUAAAUGGUGUUCCUGGAGAGAGGGGUUUGGAAGGACCCAGAGGGACACCAGGAAAUCGAGGUGAAGCCGGAGAUCGUGGCACUCCAGGUGAAAAGGGUGAACGUGGACCUCCAGGAAGUGAUGGAAGAAAUGGACUUGAUGGAAAACCAGGACAACCAGGAACACCAGGACUGAGGGGGGAUUCAGGGAAACAGGGAGAGCCAGGCCGAGAUGGUCUGCCAGGACUUAGAGGAGAUCAAGGACCCCCUGGACCAAUUGGGCCAGCUGGGCCACCAGGAGUAGCGGGAAAACCUGGAGAAGAUGGAAAGCCUGGACUAAAUGGUAAAAAUGGAGAGGAUGGGACUCCUGGAGAAGACGGAAGGAAGGGAGAUAAAGGUGAAGCUGGUCCUCCUGGCAGAGAUGGUCGAGAUGGUUCCAAAGGAGCAAACGGAGAGGCAGGCCCGCCUGGUCUACCAGGAGUACUGGGGGUUCCAGGACCACCAGGUCAAGCUGGGGUUCCAGGCCAGGGGAUCCCUGGAGUAGCCGGCCCAGCUGGACCAAAGGGUGACCGAGGUGAACAAGGACCCAGAGGUGAACUGGGACGACCUGGAGAAACUGGUCAGAAAGGAGAGCCCGGAGCUGCUGCAAGUGUAGAGAAGUCCCUGAAUGUUUUGGGUAUCAAGAUUUCUGCCCUGAAAGAUAUCAUUGAAGUCUUUGACGAUGGCUCUGGAAUAUCUAUCAUCCCUGCCCAGAAGAAGAUUAAAGGAGAACCUGGAGAACCUGGCGAGAAAGGAGCACCAGGCCGAGAUGGAACUAUGGGAUUUCCAGGAGAAAGAGGGCAGAGAGGAGAAAAGGGAGAUCAAGGUCUCCCUGGUCCACAAGGCCCUACAGGACGUGCUAUUGGAGAACGAGGACCUGAAGGUCCACCUGGACCACCUGGUGAGGCUGGAAAACCUGGAAUUCCAGGAGUACCUGGAAGAGCCGGAGAAUCCGGAGAACAAGGAAAACCAGGAGAUAAGGGUGAAAAGGGAGACCGAGGAGAGCGAGGAGAAGGUGGCAAAGAUGGACCAAGAGGCCUAACUGGGCCCCCAGGACCUAAGGGUGAAACAUUAGAAAUUAUUGCUACUGGGCUUCCUGGAGAGAGAGGACUACAAGGACCAAAGGGAGUCAGGGGUGACCCAGGAGAAGAUGGCGGGAGAGGACUCAAAGGAGAUAAGGGAGCAGAAGGUCCUAAAGGAGAUACAGGUGACACAGGAGAGAAGGGCAAAGAUGGUUCUCCAGGAGUCCCAGGAGAGAGAGGACCAGCAGGGCCCGAAGGAAAGCCGGGUAUGCCAGGCUUCCCAGGAGUGCUCGGCCGACCGGGAAAUCCAGGAGAGCCAGGUCAACAGGGUCCUACAGGACCCCCCGGACAACCUGGAAUAAAGGGGAAUCAAGGAGAGCCUGGACCCAGUGUCAGAGGUUUACCAGGUCCACCGGGCGCUACUGGGCCUCCUAGUUUGCCUGGACCUCCUGGAUUAUUGGGCCCACAAGGACCUCCCGGAGUCCCAGGCUUAGUGGGGGAACCAGGAAAAAAUGGAAUACCUGGAAGAGAUGGGUUACCGGGGAAAGAUGGAGAACCUGGACUUCCAGGGAAGAUGGGCAUUCCAGGUCCUUCAGGUCCUGCAGGAUCCAAGGGAGAACCAGGAGAUGCUGGGGUUCCUGGAGAAUUUGUGGCUGGUCCUCCUGGGCCAAGAGGAGAAAAGGGUGCUCCUGGUGACCAAGCCAACCAAAUUCCUGGUGAACCGGGUGCAAAAGGAGACAGAGGAUUACCUGGGCCUAGAGGAGAGAGGGGGGAACAAGGGAAAAAAGGAGAAACUGGAGAUCCUGGAGAAGAUGGUGUCAAGGGUUCUCCUGGACCUAAAGGAGAUAAAGGUGGAGUUGGCAUUGGGUUACCUGGACCUGCAGGACAAAUAGGACCACCAGGCUUAAAGGGUGAUUUGGGGCUGCCUGGUCCACCAGGUCCUCCAGGUCUGCAGGGCAUUGCUGGGACUCCUGGUCAGCUAGGUCAGAGAGGAGAACCAGGACAGACUGGACCCCCUGGUGCAACUGGGGAAAGGGGUUUGGUCGGUUUCCCUGGAAGAGAAGGAAAUCCAGGACCACAAGGACCAUCCGGAGCUUCUGGGCCAGCGGGACCCCCAGGACCUCCAGGAGUCAAAGGUGACAAGGGUGAACAAGGAAUUGGUCAGUUGGGCCCUAGAGGGGAAAGAGGAGAUCCAGGUUCAAGGGGGGAGGAUGGCCGUCCAGGAUUAGAAGGAGACCGUGGCCCUCCAGGUCUUCCAGGAAACAGAGGAGAACGGGGGGACAAGGGUGAUCCGGGACCAGUAGGACUUAAGGGAGACAAGGGUGACACACUGACCAUUGAGGGACCUCCAGGAGCAAGAGGAAAUAAAGGAGAGCCGGGUGACCGAGGAAUGAAAGGAUCUGAGGGAGAAAAAGGGGAAAAGGGAGACCAAGGGCUGAAUGGAGAAAAGGGAGUCAAAGGAGAGCUAGGAGACAAAGGGGCAACUGGUUUUGUAGGACCUCGCGGGCCUGGUGGACAAAAGGGAGAAACAGGAGUGCCAGGAGAACCAGGAGAGGCGGGUGUACCAGGUAAAGAUGCCUUACCCGGAGGACGUGGAGAGAAAGGAGAACCAGGUCUGAAUGGUUUAAGAGGGCCAAAGGGAGAUCGUGGGAUGAAGGGUCUUUGUGGGCAAGAUGGAGAGAAAGGAGAUAAGGGUGACACCGGCAUGCCUGGACGCCAUGGUCUUCCUGGAAGGAAGGGAGAUUCGGGAGAAGCCGGAAUCCCAGGACAGCCUGGCUUACCUGGAAAAGAAGGACUUCUUGGUGCCAAGGGUGAUCGAGGAAUGGAAGGCUUACAGGGUAUAAAAGGAGAUCAGGGAGAAAAAGGAGAGAGGGGUCCAGUUGGUAUCAUUGGUCCACCUGGACCCAGAGGUGUUGAUGGAAAUUCAGGGCCUCCUGGCCCCCCUGGUGCCCCUGGUGCAAAGGGUCCUGAAGGACUUCAAGGACAGAAGGGUGAUAGGGGCCCUGCUGGAGAGGCUAUUACAGGGUCACGUGGAAUUCCAGGUGUUCCAGGAGAACGAGGUGACCAGGGACCUAUUGGAUCAGAUGGAGUGAAAGGAGAUAAGGGCACUCCUGGAAUGACCGAGGAAGAAGUACGAAACUUUGUAAAGCAGGAAAUGAGCCAGCAUUGCGCCUGUGGAGGUCAGUUCACAUUUCUUGAAAAGAACAUUGGUAAACCCAGAAAGUGCAUGAAGGCGUAUGAAUUUGUGCUGUCACUUAUUUACUGUAAAUUAGGCUAAACAACAAAGAGACAGAUAUAUAUUUUACAUAAACCAUGUCUGAAUAUUUGUUUCAGCUUAAAAUACCAAUUCUGUAGCAUCGUUUCCUAGAACUCCACAUUGUGCUGCUUCUCUAUUCCUGGAUUUGUGUGAAUAAAUAAACAGCUGAGUGUUAGGCUAGGUUCACACUACGGAAUUUCCGCCUGCAAUUCCGCUUUGAAAUUGCAGCCAGAAAUUCCGCUUACUAAAAUGUAUAGUAUAGUAAAUGGGUUUCCGUUCACAAAUUCACA